AUGUCUAGCAGUAGAGAUAAUACUGAAAGUCGAGAUGAAAUUCCACUACCUUUUAUGCGUCGACCGAUGCCAUUAUUAAACAUGCGUUUUAACACAGAUAACAAUGGCGAUUCUCCAAGAAAUACUCCCACUCUUAGAGAAAUUAAAUCAAUAGUCUCAAAAAUCACUAACAAUGUGGAUGUACAAACAGACACAUUAACUAGAUUUUCAAAUUUUUUGGCAAAUCCUGAUAUAUCUUUGAUUGAAGGAUGGAAUUACAAUUUAAUUAUUCGUAAACUUGCUACAAUAUUGACUAGAAGAACUCCGCCUCCCCAACUAUCAGACUUGUCAGCCUAUGGCACAGAAAUUGAUAUUGCGACUUUACAAGCAAUACUUGGAAUAGCAGAUCCUGAUAAUUCUCACAUAAAAAGAAUAACAAUAGCAUGUAAAUGUAUGUGCAAUUUGACAAUUCUCUUGGAUAAUAAUGCUGAACAAUAUAUCGGUAAUGCAGUGAGAGAAGUUGCCAUUCCAAAUUUAUGUCAAUUAAUCAAAGAGCCUUUAUCAAAUGAUUUGGAUUAUCUAAAUGAUAUCAUAGCGGCUUUAAUACAAUUUUCUAUACCAAAUAGAGUUGAUUGUAUUGAAUUGAUUUUACAAACAGAUAUCAUUCGACAUUUAAUGGAAAAUAUAUUUGAAUUUAUGUCUGACAAUGAUCGAGCAUUACCAAUUUGGCUAAUGGCAAAUUGUUGCAGAAACUCUAUAAACCUUCCCAAGGAUAGUAUUGAUAUACUGAGAGAUUUGACCAUAAAUAACGAUGGAUUCGUGGCAAUUUUUUCAAAUAAUGAAAAGGAUAUCGUUUUACAUCAGGCUAGUAUCUGUAUCACCUAUAUGGUUAUUUAUGAUCUUGAGGAAAAUUUACCUAAAAUUUCUUUGCUUUUUUCACAAGAACAUAUAAUUAAGCCAUAUAUAAGUAGCUUCGGGAUUAUGAGUAAGGAAGAUCAAUUAAUAGGGUUUUAUUUAUUGACAAAUAUAGCAACUAAAUUGCCUGAAACUAUGAAAGAAAUUUUUGACAAUGAGAUUUCAAAGGCCAUAUUUAUUUCAAUAAUUAAUAAAGAUGUUAAUGAAAUCAUUGGCGGAGAUGGAGAUCAAUUGUCAUUAAGUGUGAUGAUUGAAAAAAUUGUAAAAUAUAUUGGAGAAAAUUUUUGUUAUUAUAAUCAUGUUGAUAAUUUUUAUUCAACAAUCAUUGGAUUGCUGUUGAAUUUAUUUCCCGAGUAUAAGCAUGAAUCCUUUGAAAAAUCUCAAAAUCCAUUUGGUUUUAAUAUGGUUGGAAUAAUAGAUACAACAUAUUACUUAGAACCUCAAACACUAACUCCCGAAAAUUCUACGAAAUCAAAGACGACUGCUAAAGAUGUAGUUGAAGAGAAGAAUAUAUUUGAUGUUGAGCCGUCGCCAUUGAUAACUAUGGAAAUUGACCCUCCAACUGCAUCAUCUUAUGUUGAGGAUACAGCUAGUAUUCUUGAUACAUGUAGUGCAACUACUAUGGAUCUAGUAACUGAAGUAGAUGAGAAAGAUGAGAAAGAUGAGAAAGAAACUGUUGAUCAAUUUGGUGAUUAUUGGACAAACAGUAAACUUCAAGAUAAUAAAUUCAUUAAAGCUCAAAAAUUAUUUGCCGCGUUAAUAUUACCCAUACUAUUAAGGUGCUUUGUCAACACAUCAGACAUACAAUUACGAAUUCGACUUUCCAUAUUGAUUUAUUCUUUUGUAAAAUAUACAAAACCUGAUAUAUUGAUUGAAGUGUUGUUGAAAUCUGAUUUUUCUACAAAAUUGUCAUUGAUGUGUUCCAAAGAAGACCCGAUACAAUCAAAUUCUGAAAUACCUAUUAUGGAUAACAUUGAAGAUUGUGUUAAAGAUUGGAAACCUAAAGAUUUUAAAAAUUAUUUUAAAUUUACAGAGAAAGAAGGCCUUCUUACAAAAGAUAUGUCAAAAUCAGUGAAAAUUCAACGAUUACUUGUAUAUCACAAAUAUUAUAAAAAAGAGGAAAAUUUCAGUGAACGUGAUAUUACCAAAAAAAUGUUGGAAAACUAUGACCUAGAAAAAAGAAAAACAUCAAAAAAAUUUACUAGUAAAAAUAAUUUUAUUCGAGAGAUUGGAUUUAGGAUAUUUCAUCAUUGCAUGGAGUUUUUUUCAGAUGAUUACCCAGAUCUAUCUACUGCCUUUGAAGAAGGGUUUACUUUUCAAGAAGUAGAAUUCACUGCACAUUAA